CGUCUCUGUCCUGUUUCAAUGGCGUCCUCCUCCGAGCCGAGGUGAGGGGAAAGAAGAAGACGACGCGUUGCAUUUUUUGGACACUAAUCAAUAUUUUUUUCUCCUUAUUUAUUGUUAGAUAUGUAGUCCUCCGAUCUCUCUCUGUAAUCUGUAUCAGUAGCUGAAUCUCCUCCAGCUCUCCCCUUAUUCUGUCCACCUAACCCUCUCGCUAACACAAUCAAGGUGGGCAUAAGGGAGCAAGUAAAGUUGCAGAAAGCGGGGAAGAGAGCUUUAGGGAUUGUUCGCCGCGCCCUAAGCUGGGAAAUUGAUGCCGAAUGGGUUCGUCAUCGGGCUCCGGGAGUAGCCAUGAUUUCUCAUUCAAGAUUUUGAUCAUCGGGGACUCUGGAGGUUUGGGUUUUAGGGCAAAAUUAUUAUUGGAGAGAAGGCGGAUUAUUAGGGCAUAUUUUAUAAUUAAUUUGGGCAUUAAAGCGCUUGUUGGUUUCGUAGACCAAGGUGUGGAUUUUAAAAUUAAACAUCUUACUGUUAGUGGCAAGAAGUUGAAGCUUACAAUAUGGGACACAGCCGGGCAGGAGAAGUUUAGGGCGCUAAACAGUUCCUAUUUCAGAAAUGCUCAAGGAAUUAUUCUAGUUUAUGACGUGACUCAGAGAGAAACUUUCACAAACUUAUCUGAAGUAUGGGUAAAAGAAAUAGAACUCUAUUCCACCAAUCAAGAUUGCAUCAAAAUGGUUGUUGCAAAUAAAGUUGAUAAGGAGAGUGAAAGGGUGGUAACAAAAGAAGAAGGCAUCGCCUUUGCCAAAGAAUACGGAUGCGUUUUUCUUGAAUGCAGUGCCAAAACAAGAGCAAAUGUGGAUAAAUGUUUCAAAGAACUUGCUCACAAGAUUUUGGAGGUACCAAGUCUGCUGCAGGAAGGCUCUACAAUUGUAAAAAAGAACAUCUUGAAACAGAAACAAGAAAGCCAUGGAACCUCAAGCGGUGGUUGUUGCUCUUAAGUUCAGAAUCAAACCACCUUGACGAAGGAUUUGCGGCCGCCGGUCGACCGGAGUGGUUUUAUCUCUUCCGAAGUCGAUGAAGGAAGCCUCGCUCCAAUUCUGUAUAUGGUUUGUAUCUGUUAGUUCAUUGUUUCAUUUAUGUGAAUAUCAACUUGGUAUUGUUAUAGGUGAGAGAGAAGAAGGCUUGGUGAUUAGUUUGUGUAAAUUUGAAUUAUUAUAAUUGGUUGAUUUCUGUUUCUGGUGUGAUGAUUGUAUUUACUUUUCAUCAUUUAUGGCUUGAAGAUUGAUUGGUAUAUGUCCCCUAAAUUUGUUGAU